GCGGGCCAUUCCAUUCCAUUCCAUGGCAACUGUGGCUUCCUUUAGAUAAGCCAUAGUAUCCAUGGCAUAUUUUGUUCCAUUUUCUCCAAAUUUAUUCACUUCAGAAAAGAAGAAAAGAAAUAUACUUCAAAAGUUUUAGCCACACUCCUUUGGGCUCCUAACGAUGCCCGUUCUUGUGUAUUGGUUUUGCCAGGGAUUGGCAUCUCAGUUGAGAACUGAGAGAUUCUUGAAUUCCACCUUGGGUUUUUAGAAAUUUGUUGAGAUCUAGUUGGGAUUUUGGAGGGAUAUUUGAUAAGCAUAAAGGAGGAACUAUGGAUACUCUGUUGAAAACACAUAACAAACUUGAAUUUUUGCCUCAAUCUCAUGGGUUUUCAGAGAAAUUAAGUAAUUUGAGCUCCAUAAAGAUUCAAAGCCAGCAACUUAGGUUUGGUCACAAGAAAUUUCGUUCAAAAAGGGAGAGAAAUGGUUGUGUUAAGGCUAGUAGUAAUGCACUUUUGGAGCUUGUACCAGAAACCAAGAAGGAAAAUCUUGAGUUUGAUCUUCCUAUGUAUGACCUGUCGAAGGGCCUUGUAGUUGACCUUGCAGUUGUGGGGGGUGGUCCUGCUGGGCUUGCAGUUGCGCAGCAAGUUUCGGAGGCAGGGCUCUCAGUUUGUUCUAUUGAUCCAUCUCCCAAAUUGAUUUGGCCUAAUAAUUAUGGUGUUUGGGUGGAUGAAUUUGAAGCCAUGGAUAUGCUUGAUUGCCUUGAUACAACUUGGUCUGGUGCUGUUGUAUAUGUUGAUGACAAGACAAAGAAAGAUCUUGAUAGGCCUUAUGGGAGGGUUAAUAGGAGGCAGCUCAAGUCCAAAAUGUUACAGAAAUGCAUAUCUAAUGGUGUAAAGUUUCACCAAACUAAAGUCAUCAAGGUUAUUCACGAGGAGUCCAAAUCUCUAUUGAUUUGCAAUGAUGGUGUCACAAUCCAAGCUUCCGUGGUUCUUGAUGCAACUGGCUUUUCUAGAUGCCUUGUUCAAUAUGAUAAGCCAUAUGAUCCAGGUUACCAAGUGGCUUAUGGAAUUUUGGCAGAGGUAGAAGAGCACCCAUUUGAUGUUGAUAAGAUGGUUUUUAUGGAUUGGAGAGAUUCACAUCUGAACAACAAUCUGGAACUAAAAGAGAGUAAUAGCAAGAUCCCUACUUUUCUCUACGCAAUGCCCUUUUCGUCGGACAGGAUAUUUCUUGAAGAAACUUCCCUCGUAGCUAGGCCUGGAGUACCCAUGAAAGAUAUCCAGGAAAGGAUGGUGGCCAGGUUAAGGCACUUAGGUAUAAAAGUGAAAAGCAUUGAGGAAGACGAGCGUUGUGUCAUUCCAAUGGGGGGCCCCCUCCCCGUGCUCCCUCAACGAGUUGUUGGAAUUGGUGGUACAGCUGGUAUGGUGCACCCUUCGACUGGUUAUAUGGUAGCAAGAACUCUAGCGGCUGCUCCAAUUGUUGCUAACUCUAUCGUUCAGUAUCUUGGUUCUGAUAGAAGCUUUUCUGGAAGUGAAUUAUCAGCUAAAGUUUGGAAAGAUUUAUGGCCAAUAGAGAGGAGGAGACAGAGAGAGUUCUUCUGUUUUGGUAUGGAUGUUUUGCUUAAGCUUGAUUUACCUGCCACAAGAAGAUUUUUUGAUGCAUUUUUUAAUCUGGAACCUCGUUAUUGGCAUGGAUUCUUGUCAUCUCGACUGUUUCUACCUGAGCUUGUACUCUUUGGGCUCUCACUGUUCUCCCAUGCUUCUAAUCCUUCAAGGUUAGAGAUUAUGGCGAAGGGAACCCUUCCUUUGGUUAACAUGAUCAACAAUUUAAUACAGGACAGAAAAUAGGUGACUCAGAUUCCAUCUGUCUUCUAAUUCUGUUGCAUCUACAUAUUGAAGUUUCUGUGCUGCUGCCUUUAAUUGUGAAUAGAGCGCUAUGAAUCAUCUGUUAUUUUCUUGUAACUUAAUUACAUAUCCAAUCCAUGGUUCACACACACUCAUUUCUUGUC